CCCGGAUGAUCUUCACCCCUUUGUUUCAUGUUUUUUAUUUUAUGAGUUUUGAAAUAUUUUUGUUUUUCUUUACACGUCAGAACCGACCGCUUUCCGUCUCUGCCUGAUUUUAUUAAUUGACAACAUGCUUGACCGUUUCCCAGCCGUUUGUAUGAUCACUUAUCAGUAUCUGUACGAUGGUGAUCAGUGAUCUGGCUCAGGUGCACGUCACUCACUUAUCGGUGCGGGCUACUCUCGCUUGCAGAGCCCUUGCUGUGAAAUUCGUGUGCCUGUAAUCGUUAAAUCUGUGCCAUUAUAUCAAUUUUUAUUGUUUUAAUACGUUACUUUUAAUAUAUCUCUUGUUUUAUUUCGUGAAGUGUCGUGGCGGUUUGUAAUUUAGAGACAUUUUACUUAUUAACAGAAGUUAGUUUUGUAGUUGACAGUCGGUGGAAAAAAAAAGUGUGUCAUCAUGCCAAUAACAACCAGGAGUAGACAACAGCCCCCCACUGCAGCUGCCGUCGCCAGCACCACUACCAAAGCAGUGAAGAAAAACGUGAAAGCAACCAAAACCUCAGAGAAAGCGCCCAUGGUAAAUCCGGAAGAACCACCUUCAGAUGAUGAUAUCCCUCUCGCCUCUGUAAAGGCAAGAGCCACUGCCAAAACCAAAGCACCAGCAGUUACGAAAGCCGCUCCCAAAAGAGCCACCAAAGCCGUGAGUGAAGUACCACCUAAAUUGCCGGUAGACGAAACUUUUGUUGUCAAUAAAGAUGAAUUAGAUACCCUAUCAAACGAAGAACCCGAUGAUUUGCCUGAACAUAAAUCAGUCGUUAUCAAGAAAUUUAUAAAAUCUAAUUCUGCAACCGAUGAAAAUGAAACAGAGAAAUUAAGUGAUAAUGAGUCGAAGCCAAAAGUUGAGCAGAAGAAACGACUGCCAGCGGUCAAGUCAAUAAAAGCUCCAAAGCUUAAAUUUACCGAGUUAGAUGUAGAGGAGUCACCUCCUAAUACGGUAAAUUUAAAAGGAGCCCAAGAACCUGUUUCAAGAGACGAAAUUAAAGAUAUUUUAUCAGAAACAAUAAUAAUAGAACCCAAGCCGGUGAAAAAAGCCCAAAAAGGUAAGCCAGCUGCACCAAAGAAAACUCUACCCGUGAGAACACAUGAGGAAUCGGAAGAUGACGAAAACUCUAACGAUGCUGCUGAGACAAAUCUGUUGAAAAAAAGCGCUAAGGAGCAAGCUGAACAUGAGGAUUCUGAUUCAUCCGAGGAGCUGAAUGUUGUAAAUUCCCAAAAGAAAAUUCCGGUGAUCGAAGAUUCUGAGUCAGAAUUUGAUCAAACAGACUCUGGUGAUCCAUGUAGUCUUGAAGAAUCAGAUGAAGAAUUUGAACCAGAAACCAAAGCCACUCAAAAAAGAGCCAUAAAGAAGGGAACCAAGGAUAAACCCCUAGAAAAUGGUGCUGUAACGAAGUCAAGAAAACCUCCUCGAAAAGCAGCGUCCAAAAAAGCUCCCAAUGUUGCAGAAGUUGAUGGUCUAUUGGGGAUGAUAAAGGAUCUAACUUUAGAUUCAAAGAAAGGUCCAAAAAAGAAAGCUGCUGCAAAAGCCAAGCCAAAAGUUACAGGAAAAAAAGUCAAGAAGCCCAAACAAGUAGACUCAGAACCGGAGACUGGCACCCUCACAAAAUACUCCUCGACAGAAAGUUUGAGGAAUGUCACAAUACGAGGCAGAUCUCAAUCUGUGGACAACCUAAACCUCACUGCAACUCCAGCAACCUUGCAGCAAAAGCCGAAGCGUGUAUUAUCCAAAGCUCCGAUUGCUAAAGUCUUAAAUGCAGAACAAGAGGCUGUAGAAUCUGCUCCUGCCAAGAAUAAAACCAGAGCUCCUAGAAAAAAAGCAGCAAAAUAGGUGAAACAGCUGAGUCCAGUUUCGUUUUGCUGCUAAUACAGGCACUCAGAAGUUGCCCCUCAUUUCCAUGAACCGUGCUGGAUCUCCAGUUCACCUGAUAUUUUCUCCUAAUUGCCUUUGUUGAUGUAAUUUGUAUCAUCGUUACCACAUAAGAUAUGAUUAGGUAUCAGCGCUGUUCCUCAUGGCCGUGCCUAUCGUUCUUUCUCGAUGUAUUUUCCUCAUUUCAGUUUUUAAUUUUCUACAUGCAACCACUGGCUUAAAAGUUCUUCUUUCAAGUUAUGAAUUAAAUAGUAAUAAUAUAUAUACUGUACUUUUCAAAUCUUCACUUACUUCAAUCACACCUCAAAGCCUGAAAAUUAUUAUUUCUCUCCCAAGGUAUCACAACUAAGAGUGUUGAACUAACAAAAAAACAGUUCCCAGAAGAAUUUUUAGGUUGACGGUAGCAUUUAUCUAGUCAACCUACAUUAGAAUUUCUUUUUAAAAAAAAUUAUCUCUUUGUUGCUGCAGCAUUUCAUGCAUUUAUAUGGACACUAAGAUAAAAUCUAAUGUUUCUUUCUCAUUUGAGAUAAAAUGAAUAACAUUAAUUGAAGGACAUUAUGGCAAAGGAGGUAGUGGAUAUUUUUAUGACUAAAUUUGCUACUUUCAAUUUCUUCUUUUGUGUGUUACCCAAGAGGACUAUGUAAUAUCUUGACUUUUUCAAAAAUCUCAGUGAAGUCCACCACAAAAGAGGCUUUCAAUUACAACCCAAUUUUCUAACAGUA